AGAGGUAGUAAAAAGAUUAUUUGCGGUAUAAAUUGUGAGUUAUUUCAACAGAAAUAUUUUUUAAAAUAAUAUUCGCGUUUAUAAACUUAAUAAAAAGUGACAACUUCGAAGUUUGUAUAAGCACAACCUAAAACUAACAUGUCACGUUUUUUUGCAACUGGGUCGGACUCUGAAUCUGAGUCAAGUGAGAAAGAAGUACAAGUGACAGCCUAUGGUAAAACUCCUGCCUAUCAAUUCAGUGAUGAUGAAGAAGAAGUUAAGCGUGUUGUACGCUCCACCAAGGAGAAACGCUAUGAAAACUUAACUGCAAUCAUCAAAAGCAUACGAAAUCAUAAAAAAAUUAAGGAUAUGUCCAGCAUAUUAACUAGUUUCGAAGAUUUAACACGUGCCCAUCAAAAAGCGCUGCCUGUUAUAACAAAAGAAGAAAAUGGUAUUACGCCUAGGUUUUAUGUACGUUGCCUGGCUGAACUGGAGGAUUUCAUUAAUGAAGUCUGGGAGGACAGGGAAGGUCGUAAAAACUUAUCCAAAAAUAACUCGAAAUCGCUUGGUACCUUACGACAAAAGGUACGCAAAUAUAUUAAAGAUUUUGAAGAAGAAUUAGCGAAAUUCCGUGAAUCACCUGACCAAGAAAGCGAUGAGGACGAGGAGGCUUAUAAUUCAGAACAAGACAAAGAGGCAGAAGAUUCUGAUGAUGACAUACUUGAUAUAAAGCAGCAGAUUGAACAAAAAGUCGCACCAAAGUCUAUACCUACUAAAACAGUAGAACCUGAUCAAGAUGAUUCAGACGAUUCGAUUGAUUGGGGUACGGAUUCGGAGUCUGAGUCUGAAUCUACGGAUGAUGAAAAUCAAUAUCAAACUAUGCGUGAACGUUUCCUUAAGCGUACCACCGGUGUAGACGAUAAGGAAGAUCGUGAAGAUAGGAAAAAGGAGAAACGCUCUAAAGAACCAAAAUUACGCCGUAAGCGUCCAGAGGAAGAUGCUGAUGAAGAAGGUGAAUGGGAGACAGUUAAAAAAGGACAUGCCGUAGAAAAACCGAAAAUGUUCGAAAAAGAUGCUGAAAUUGAUAUACCUUUGGUGUUAACUAAAUUGACUGAAAUCAUGUCGGCACGUGGUAAGAAGCGUACCGAUCGACGUUUGCAAAUCGAUUUACUUUUUGAGUUGCGUGACAUUGCUGACCAACACGCAUUAGGAACCGCUGUAGCUGUUAAAAUCAACUUCAGCAUUAUAUCGGCAAUAUUUGAUUAUAACCAGAAAAUAUCUGAACCCAUGAAGCUGGAGCACUGGGCCAAAUUACUUGAAGUUAUACAAAGUAUGAUGAAACAGUUGCUUAAUAAUGAAGAUAUUCACAUGAGCGAAACUAUUUCGGAGGAAAAUGAAGAGUUCACUCAAUCACCGUAUUACAUACGCGGUUGUGCUUUGGCAGCAGUGGAAAGAUUAGAUGAUGAAUUCACUAAAUUGUUAAAAGAAUGUGAUCCACACUCUAAUGACUAUGUCUCGCGGCUAAAGGACGAGAUUAACGUCACAAAAAUAAUCGAGAGCGUUUUGGAUUAUUUCGAACGUGUAGGCAACAACAAUGAACUCUGCCGCAUUUAUUUAAGGAAAAUUGAACAUUUGUACUAUAAGUUCGAUCCAAAUGUGUUGAAGCGCAAACGUGGGGAAUUGCCAGCGGGUACUACGACUUCAGUAGAUGAAAUGGAUCGUUUAUGUAAAUUUAUAUAUUCGAAGGACGAUACUGAUCGUAUACGUACGCGUGCAAUUCUGGCACACAUCUAUCAUCAUGCUAUGCAUGAUAACUGGUUCCAGGCUCGUGAUUUGGUACUCAUGUCGCAUUUACAGGAUAAUAUUGAUGCUGCUGAUCCUUCAACACGUAUACUGUAUAAUCGUAUGAUGGCUAAUUUAGGUUUGUGUGCCUUCCGUCAAGAAAAUGUUAAAGAUGCGCACCACUGUCUCGUCGAUCUUAUGGUUACCGGUAAACCAAAAGAACUUUUGGCGCAAGGUUUACUGCCACAAAGACAACAUGAACGUUCUGCUGAGCAGGAGAAAAUUGAAAAGCAACGCCAAAUGCCAUUCCAUAUGCAUAUUAAUCUGGAAUUAUUGGAGUGCGUUUAUCUUGUAUCGGCAAUGUUAAUUGAAAUUCCAUAUAUUGCCGCACACGAGUUUGACGCCCGCAGACGCAUGAUUAGCAAAACUUUCUAUCAACAACUGCGUUCUUCUGAGAGACAGUCCCUCGUUGGACCGCCAGAAUCUAUGCGUGAACACGUUGUAGCUGCUGCUAAGGCUAUGCGCUGUGGUAAUUGGCAAGCUUGUGCCAAUUUUAUUGUUAAUAAAAAAAUGAACACAAAAGUAUGGGAUCUAUUUUACGAUCCAGAUCGAGUGCGUGAAAUGUUAGUUAAAUUCAUUAAAGAAGAAUCGUUACGCACUUAUUUGUUUACCUACUCAAAUGUGUAUACAUCGCUAAGUAUACCUUCCUUGGCGCAAAUGUACGAGCUGCCAGUGCAAAAGGUACACUCGCUCAUUAGCAAAAUGAUUAUUAAUGAGGAAUUGAUGGCCAGUCUUGAUGAUCCAACUGAAACCGUUGUAAUGCAUAGAUCCGAACCAACUCGUCUACAAGCUUUGGCCAUGCAGUUCGUUGAUAAAGUCACCAAUUUGGUGGAUGUCAAUGAAAAGAUUUACGACAUGAAACAAGGAAACUUCUUCCAACGCGGCAAUAUGGGUAACCGUGAACGUGGCUUCAAUCGUACACAAAACAACCAGGGAGGUAAUUGGAACAACCAACGUCGCGAUAAUCGCAACCAACGUAAUCGCAAUCAGCGCAAUCAACAUCAUCAUCAUAAGCAACAACAAAACCAACGUCCUGAACAAGAUAUACAAAUUCAACAAAUUAUCGAAGAGGAGUAGAGAUUUAAUAGAUUAUUAUCCAAACAAAAACAAAAACAAAUUAAUUGAAUUAUGACGCAUAAUAUCCCUGCGCAUAGAUAUAUAUUCAGGAAAUAUAUAAACCAUUCAAUUCUAAAAAGAUACUGUUGCUGUUGCUGCUGCACUUUUUGUCUAAAUGGCUGCUAAAUUCCAAUGUCUUUAUUUUAGAUAGAUUGUGCAGCAGCAACAGCACAUCAGAUAAUUAUUCAAAUAUAACUUAACUAAUGCUCUUUAUUCUAAUAAAACGAAAAACAAACAAAAGAAAAACUAAACUUUAACGAAAAGUUGGUAAAUAUUUUAUUAAGUAAAGUCUGUGCUAUUUAUGUUUAAUUUUUUUUUUAUUUGUAUCUGUUUUAGAAUUUUAUAAAUAACUUUUUUCAUAAACAAUAAAUCAACUAUUUGAAUAUAAAUUAAAAAAUAAAUAUCUUC